CCUCAAUUUGGCUACAUAAGCUCGAUCGUGUCCCGCGCCCAGGUUAUUUGCCCUCAGUCGUACUAGCAAAAUGGUGUUCGCCGGAAAUUACAAAUUUGACAAAAGCGAGAACUUUGUCGAGUACCUUAAAUCCAUCAAUAUUCCCGAUGAAUAUUUGGCGCAAGCCGAUACCGCAUCCCCAGAGGUCACCGUAUCCGUCGAUGGACAUGUUUACACCUUGGACGAUGGCAGUAGGAAAACCGUCGUAAAGGUAGGAGAAGAAUGGGAGGAAGAUAUGCCCGUAGUGAAUGUUAGGGUAAAGAACGUUGGUAAACUUGAGGGCAAUGAUCUAAUGGUAACAUCGACUACUCCCGAUGGCAAAACCUCUGUAACUUCGUACAAAUUUUCCGCUGAUGGAUACGUUCAGAUUUUAACCAACGGUGACAUCGUCGGCAAACGUUAUUAUGUUAGAGUAUAGACAAAGUAUCUAUAAAUUAAUAUUAAACGGAGUGUGGAAGUUAA